UCAAACUCGAACAGCUUUCAGAAGUGUGACAUCGAGUGUCAGAUUUUGCUCAUUAUAUUCGAUUUUUAUUACUUCAGGUCUAUAACGUCAACAACAUGGAAGCUCCUUUUGACGUUGUGAUUUCCGGAAUGUCUGGAAGAUUCCCGGAAUGUUAUAACGUCAAGGAAUUUCAAGAUGCUAUCUUCCAAGGACUAAAUUUAGCAACUGAAGAUGACAGAAGAUUUUCUACAGAACUGAAGGGUUUGCCACAUUGGAUCGCCAAAGUGCCCGAGUUAGACAAAUUCGAUGCCUCAUUUUUCGACAUUCACUACAAACAAGCAAAUUUUACCGAUCCCCGUCACAGAAUCCUGCUGGAAACCGUCUACGAAUCGAUUGUAGAUGCAGGAUACAAUCCUGCUGAACUUUACGGCAGCAAAACUGGUGUGUAUGUUGGCCUUGCAAACUACACCAACAUGGCCGAAAUGAGAAGCGUGGAAAGUAACGGUUAUGGAAACCUGGGAAUGGCUCUGUACGGUGCAGCUAACAGAAUCUCGCACGCUUUUAACUUCAGGGGCCCAAGUCUAGCACUGGAUGCCGCGUGUGCCAGCUCUAUGUACGCUCUGAUAGCUUGUUUCGAGAAAAUAAGAUCCGGAGAAAUAGAGCACGCCGUCGUUUGUGGUACUCAUUUGCUUUUGAGUCCGGAUGAAAACAGGGACUAUAAACAACUUCGAGUACUAUCGUCAGAUCAGUACUCUAGAGUCUUCAGUAAAAUAAGAGAUGGAUUCGUGAGAGCGGAAGGUGUGGCUACAUUGUUCUUAUCAAGAAAAACUAAUUGUAGACGUAUGUAUGCUACAAUCUUAGGAGCUAAAGGAAACGCAAACGGCCACAGUAAAGGAGGAUUCACUUAUCCUCAUCCACAAAUUCAAGCAGAACUUAUGAAGAUGACUUACAAUGAAUAUGGCAUCAAUCAACAUGAUAUAUCAUUUUUGGAAAUCCAUGGAACAGGUACUCGAGCUGGAGACGCCAUAGAAUGUGAAAGUGUUUCGACUUUGUGCAAGGAGACUGGAAGGAAAACACCUUUGAUGAUUGGAAGUGUAAAGGCUAACACAGGUCAUUGUGAAAACACUGCCGCUAUAGUAUCCGUAAUAAAGAUCCUCACAGCUUUUGAAACUGGAAUCAUUCCUGGCAACAUACACGCUGAACCAGUUGAUGAAACUCUCAAAGGAAUUAAAGACGGAACUCUACAGGUUGUAACAAAGCAUACUGAAUGGCCCACCGGUCUUGGUGCAGUUAACUCCUUUGGAAUUGGUGGAUCCAAUGGACACGCCGUGCUAAAACGUAACGACAAGGUAGUCAAACCAAUUGUUAAUCGUAAGCAUCGUCUAGUUCAAGUUUCUGGAAGAACUCAGGAAGCUGUCAACCAUUUCUUGGAUGGCGUUGUAAAGAAUAAAGAUGAUGAAGAAUUCUUGGCACUGCUCGACGAAAUUCAUAAAAUGAACAUGAAGAGACAUUUCUUUAGAGGAUAUACUGUUCUUGGCAAACAACCUGUAAGAAACAUUUCAAAGUACACAUCUGAACGUCCAUUGGUAUUUAUAUACAGUGGAUUAGGCACACAAUGGGCCGGUAUGGGAAAAGAUUUGUUGGAAUUCCCAGUUUUCCGUAGCACAUUCAUUCGAUGUGCCGCUGCUGUGGAGCCAUACGGAUUAGAUCUUAUGGACCUCAUCUUGAAGGGAUCUGAAAAUUCUGUCAAUGACAUCGUAUUUGUAUUUACAGCAAUUGCUGCUAUACAAAUUUCUUUAACAGACUUUUUGUACUCUUUAGAUAUUAGACCAGAUUUCUAUGCUGGGCAUUCUUCAGGAGAAGUAGGCUGUGCUUAUGCCAACGGUGACUUAACACCUGAACAAGCAGUACUGCUGGCUUUUGCAAGAGGACAUUCUCUGAAAAAACAACAACUGGAGGUUGGACAAAUGGCCGCUGUGGGUCUUGGUGCAGAAGCAAUUGAAAAAAUUUUACCUGCAGAUAUAUUUGUUGCUUGCCACAAUUCUAAAAACAGCGUUACCAUCUCUGGACCUAAGGAGAGUACCGUUAAGUUCGUGAAUAAACUAAAAGAGCAAAACAUCUUCGCUCAUUUAGUCGACACAGCUGGAUACGCUUUCCACUCUAAAUACAUCUGGAAGAGUUAUGAACCCUUGGUUGAUUUCAUAAGGAAGGUAAUCGUGGAUCCCAAGCCAAGAUCAGAUAAAUGGAUUUCCAGCUCUGUAGCACCAGGACAAGCCAACGAGUCAUGGGCUAGUCUCAAUUGCGCAGAGUACCAUGCUAACAAUUUCCGAAACAAAGUUCUCUUUGAGCAGAUCUAUGAACAUAUUCCAGAGAAUGCUAUCGUGCUUGAGAUCGCACCUAAUGGAAUUUUCCAAGCAAUCCUCAAGAAGCAAUUAGGUCCAGAACGCACCGUUAUUUCUCUGACCAAAAAGACUGCUGAGGAUCAAGAACAAUUCCUUCUUUCAGCUGUUGGAGAACUAUUCAACGCUGGAGCUCAACCAAACUUGAGGAAACUCUACAAAGAAACUGUAUUCCCAGUCAGCAGAGGAACAGCCCUUAUAUCCCCAUUGGUAAAAUGGGACCAUAGCAUUACAUGGUUUGUUCCAAUGUACAAACACAAGGACAGUUUCGGAAAAGUUGUUAAGGUCAAUAUUUCUACCGAAGCAGACUCUUACUUAAAGGGACACAACAUUGAUGGAAGAGUCAUGAUGCCAGCUUUUGGUUUUCUGGAAAUGGUCUGGAAAGUAUUAGCUGAGUUGGAGUUGAAAGAUGUGUACGAGUUCCCUGUAGUGUUUGAAGACGUUAAAUUAAUCAGAGCCACCAUUCUACCAGAAAAUGAAAACGUAGAAUUUCUGGUGAAUAUUAUGAAGCAAACUGGCCAUUUCGAGAUUCAUGAAGGUGGAUCUAUCGUUGUUUCUGGAAAAGUCCGCUCAACUGACGAUGUUUCCAAAGAAUUCAAACCAAUAGAAGAACUGUAUAAGGGUGGAAAAGAUUUACCAAUGUGUAAACGCGAGGACUUCUACAAGGACACUAAAUUGAGACGAAUGAACUAUGCUGGCGUAUUCCAAGGAAUCGUUGAAUGGGAUAUUUAUGGUCUCAAUGGAACAGUAGAAUGGAUGGAUAGCUUGGGUGGAUUUUUGGACAGCGUAUAUCAGAUUUCGAAGUGUGAAAAUUUAACCAAGGAUUUGAUUCUUCCUAACUCUGUUAAGAAGAUGGUGAUUGAUCCAGUGACCCACUUUGCUCAGGUAGCAGCUAAUAAAUUCGUUGAAGUCCAAAGAGACCCAUAUCUUCAUUUGGUCAGAACCAAAGGAAUCGAAAUAACAGACUUGAAGUACGAGAAAGCAACCAAAAGAGAAAAAACUCAUCCUGAUCCUACUCUAGAAAACUACCAAUUUAUUCCGUAUGAUAUUCCCGUCGGAAGCAAUAAAAUUGAUCUGAGAACAAGCCUAUCAGCAGGAUUACAGAUAAUUUGUCAAAACGUAAAAGGCUUGAUAAAGAGAGUAUCGGUUUGCCAACUCAAAGAUGACAGUAAAUCUGCAGUAACUGACGAAGAAGUUAACAAGCUAAUGGAGAGCAUUUUAGACAAGCAAAUAUUAACAGAGAUAGAGUAUACUACAGACUCUUUCAGUACAGCUGAUACCGCGUAUGAUGUAGUAAUAGUGACUGGUAAUGUGUCUGUGAACAACGGUGCAGAUAAUCUCAGAAAAUUCUUGAGACCUGAGACAGGUUUUGUAAUAUACGUUGGAGAUAUUUCUCAAGUUAAGACCAACUUCGAAAUUUUGUUCAAGACUCCAUCUGUGAGUGUACUCAGAUCCAAGCAAGAACUCACACCUCGCCAUGAAGUCAUAUCCGUUAGUAAUACAGACUUUUCUUGGCUUGAAAAACUUAAAAAAGCCGCCAAAGACACUGAAUCAAAAACUGUGUAUUUGGUCGCCGAAAAAGAGGAAACAAGUGGUGUUGUUGGGCUUCUCAAAUGUUUAUUGACCGAAGAUUCGAAGGUGCAAUUGAAAGCUGUUUUUACUAACAACGCAGGCAGUGAGUUCUCUCUAAGCAAUUCGCUAUAUAAGACGCAACUGUCGAAACAACUUAAUAUCAACGUACUAAAAGCUGGAACCUGGGGAACGUAUGUUCACAUUCCAUUGGAAGAUAUCCCUCAAAAAUACGUCAGCAAUGCUGUGGUUUCCGUUAAAAAUCUUGGAGUUGAGCCUGCGUUUAACUGGAUCGAGUACCCCAAACUUGCUCCUAGCAAUAAUAAAUCUUCUCAUGUCGUCAACGUAAACUAUUCUGCACUAAAUUUCACCGAUUCCCAAAUAGCCGCAGGCGACUUCAGACUAAAGCCCGUUGAACCAACUGAUACAGAUGUAGACAUAGGAUUCGAGUAUUCAGGAAUAACAGAGUCGAAGAAGAAAGUCAUGGGAAUUGUUGCUAGAAAAGGACUGUCGUUGCAAGUGAACAGUGACCCACAUCUAACUUGGGAAGUACCUAGUUCUUGGAAUUUGGAACAAGCAACAACGGUUCCUGUUAUUUAUUCUUUGUGUUACUUAGGAAUGGUAGCAAAAGGACAACUACAGAAGGAGGAAACCGUUCUGUUGUACGUUUCUGAUGAAUUCAUUUCUGCAGCCACCUCAAUAGCCCGAGGUUUCAAGUGUCGCAUAUUCCUAGCCGUCAACACAGAAGAACAAAAAGCUUUAUAUAAAAAUAAGUUACCUGAUGUAGAAAUUGGACUAGCCAAAGAUUCUGCUUUCUUGGAUUUAAUUCACAACAAAACUGGUGGAAAAGGUCUAGAUUUAAUUGUUAACACCGAUAGUGACGUUUUCUUGGAAAAGUCAGUUACUUUCCUAUCAAAUUGCGGAAGAGUAGUCACUCUAAUUAGGGGAUCAUUCCAAAAUGCAAAAAUAAACACAGACACUUUAUAUCACACCAACUUCUGUGUAUCUCUGGAUAUUCUUCUCAAUCAAAACGUAGCAACGAAAGAAAAGAUAAGGACACUAGUAAAAGAAGGUAUUUCUUCUGGUCAUGUACAACCUCUGCCCUCUGCUGUGUAUAAACCGACAGAGCUAUCUUCAGCAGUUAAGCAGCUUAGAGACUCAAAUAACAAAGAAAAGAUCCUCGUUAACCUAGAACCUACUUCAGAUCCUUCUAUAUUGGCUCUACCCAAAGUAUACUUCGAUCAUAGUAAGAGCUAUAUCAUCAACGGUGGCUUAGGAGGAAUGGGUCUUGAACUAACUGAUUGGUUGAUGUCAAAGGGUGCUAGAAAUAUUAUUCUCAAUGGCAGAAGGAAUAUUACAAACGGGUAUCAAGCUAUAUGUAUGAGAAGAUGGGCACAAUACGAAAAGGUUGUAAUCAAAGUGAGUACAACCGAUGCCAGUACGUUAGAAGGAGCUGAAGCAUUAAUAAAAGAAGCCCAAGAGCUUGGACCACUCGGUGGUAUAUUUAAUAGUGCCAUGGUUCUUCAAGACGCCAAUCUUGCUGACCAAACAGUUGAAAUGUUCAAAACAUCUUUAAAACCAAAAACGUUUGUAGCCGAAAAUAUGGAUAGAGCAAGCAGAAAGCUUUGCCCUACUUUAGACUACUUUGUACUGUUUUCGUCGAUGACUUCUGGAAGGGGAAAUCUGGGACAAUCUAACUAUGGAAUGGCCAAUUCGUCUUUGGAAAUGAUUUGUGAGAAGAGGAAAAGAGCUAAUCUUCCUGGAUUAGCAGUACAAUGGGGACCUAUUGGAGAAGUUGGGGCUCUUUCUUCGUUGUCUGAUGAUCAGGAAUUCCUGCACAAUAUACCCCAACGAGUUCAAUCCUGUUUUGAUGCUUUAGAGAAGUUAUUACUCCAAGGAAUAGCUAUUGGUGCCAGUACCGUUGUUUCCGAUAGAAAGAAACUUGGAGAAUCAACAGCUUCAAAGACUCCUGUCAACAUGGUAGCACAUAUAAUGGGAAUAUCUGACAUAGAUGUCAUCGAUAAAAAUACUAAACUGGUACAAUUAGGUCUGGAUUCACUGAUGAUAACAGAAAUCAAGCAAGUAUUGUUUAGAAACUUCCAGUUAACCGUAGGAUUAGAAGAGAUUAGAGCAUACACUUUCGAUGAGCUCUCCAAGAUUGAAGUCAAAAAUACGCCCAAGACUAUCCAGACAGAGUUGAAAAAGGGAGAAUGGGUACAAAUUAUGAAUCCAGAAUAUUAAGAUGUUUAUAUGAAAACUUGGCCCUAUUUUUGGCUAUGAUGAAAUUAUAGUCUAGGAGGUAGUGUCAAAUUUUUACGGUGAUUUUAGCACGGAUUCACAUAUUUGAUACCAAAAAAUGUCUGUCAGCUGGCGCGACUUCGGGGCUUUUAGGCAAGAAAAGAUAAAAUGUGAAAGUAAAUGGAAAAACCCUGCAACUUAUAUGUCAAAUAUAUAUCUCAGUAACUUACAUCCAUAAUGAGUGGUUAGAAUACCUGGCUCCUGGCUUUCACCCAGGCGAGUCGGGUUCGAUUCUCGGCGUCGGAAAUCUUUUUUGUUUUUUAAAUUUGAAAUUUUUAUUUAAAAAAUAAUUGUCUUUAUAAUACCACGUUUUCAUUAUUUAUUCGACACAAUAUUAUAAAAAAGGGUUAUAAAAACAAUUAUUUUUCAAAUCAAAAUUUGAAUUUUAAUAACAAAAAGGAUUUUGAACGCCGGGAAUCGAAUCCAACUCGCCUUAGGUGAAAGCCAGGAGCCAGGUAUUCAAACCACUAGGCCAUUAUGGAUGUAAGUCACGGAGAUAAAUAUUUGAGAUAUAAGUUGCAGGGUUUUUCCAUCUACUUUUAUAUUUUAUCUUUUCUUGCCUAAAAGCCCCGGUUUUGGGCAAGCUGACACAUCAUUUGUUAAUAAGCUUUGGAACAACUAACUAUGUAUAUAAAAAACAGUCAUGCUAAAAUGCUUCGGUCAAACUUGACGCUACCUCCCCGGCUAUUAUAAUUGUAUUAUCUUUAUUUUAAAGAUUAACUAUUAAGCAAGGAUUGGUUUAUAGUUUAGGGAAUUAAAAAAACUUUUUGUUUUUGAAGCUAUCAAAGGUUUACGUUUUGUUCAAGUUUUUAUGAAAAUAAAUAUAUUUUUAUUAUCGAAA